AUGGUUAAAGAUACUAAACUUUACGAUUUGCUUGGUGUCCAACCUUCAGCAAACGAAACUGAACUGAAAAAAGGAUACCGCAAAGCAGCGCUGAAAUACCACCCAGAUAAGCCCACGGGUGAUGCCGAGAAAUUCAAGGAAAUCUCAGAAGCGUUCGAGAUUUUGAACGACGCUCAAAAACGAGAAGUUUACGAUACAUAUGGUUUGGAGGCCGCUAGAAACGGAGGACCAGCGUUUGGUGGAGCAGGUGCUGCUGGCGGCGCUGGUGGGCAUCCCGGUGCUGGAUUUGGAGGAGCACAUGCAUUUUCCAACGAAGACGCCUUCAAUAUUUUCUCUCAAUUCUUUGGCGGCGGCGGCGGCGGUGGUGCUUCACCAUUCGGCAGUGCUUUCGGUGGCGCUGAAGACUCUUUCGGUGGCUUCAGCAGUGGUGGAGGCUUCCCUGGCGGCGGCCAUGGCGGGUUCUCAUCUGGCGGGUUCCCUGGUGGAACUAGCUUCCGUUCCGGCAGCGGAAUGCCCGGUGGAUUUCAGUCCGGAGCUUCCUCACCACCUCCUGAAGAAAAAACCGUGCAAGUCAAUCUGCCGGUCAAUCUAGAGGAUCUGUUUCACGGAAAGAAGAAGUCAUUUAAAAUAACCCGCAAGGGACCCGGAGGCACUUCAGAGAAACAACAGGUAGACAUCCAGCUCAAACCGGGCUGGAAGGCUGGAACCAAGAUCACCUACAAAAAUGAAGGUGAUUACAACCCACAAACCGGACGUAGGCAAACGCUGCAGUUCAUUAUUCAGGAAAAGCCUAAUGAAAGAUACUCAAGGGAUGGAAACGAUCUAAUAUACUCUCUUCCAUUGAGUUUCAAAGAGUCUCUUCUUGGAUUCAAUAAAACCAUACAAACCAUUGACGGGAGGACACUCCCUAUCUCCCGAGUGCAACCCGUUCAACCGGCGGAUGUGUCGAAAUACCCGGGCCAGGGUAUGCCUAUAGCCAAAACACCAUCACAGCGGGGUGAUUUGAUAGUCAAGUACAAAAUUGAUUACCCUGUAUCAUUGAGCGCCGCUCAAAGAAGUGUGAUCAUGGAAAACUUUUGA